UCUGUGUAUCAGCCGUUUUCCUCUCCACCAAUUUAAAUGGGUGUUUUGUAAUAUGAUUGCAACUAUACAUUGUUCAUGAGCUUAUAAAUAUUAAUGGGAUACCGAGCAGCCUCAUUCUUACCACGAUGCAAGCGUCUCAGCAGUACCUUGAAUUUUCCCUGAGUUUGAGUGUAUUGAUAAUGUCACUCUUUCCUGUUUCACUCUGAUAUUGGAACGUAGACCUGGAAAGAAUGUAACAUUGUCGAUCAUUAUAUGACAACAGUGCUCUAUUUCAGGUUUAAAUAAAAUCUCUUGUUUUUCUUUCUCUCUGUGUUUCUCACAUGUAGCCAUUUCAUCCCAUGGUUAACUUGGUGUGCAGCACUGACCUGAGGAUGUUCCUGUGUGCCCUCUACGCCCCCGUGUGCACCGUUUAUGGCCGGGUGUCCAUGCCGUGCCGCUCUCUUUGCCAGCGAGCCAGAGACGAGUGCCACAAACUCAUGGAGAUAUUUGGAGUCACCUGGCCAGAUGACAUGGAGUGCAACAGGUUCCCAGAUUGUGACCAGCCUUAUCCUCGUGCUGAGGACUUGCUGACGGGCUCUGACCCCACUGACCAGUCGUCCAUGACGGUGCAGAGAGACUAUGGUUUCUGGUGCCCCAGAGAGCUCAAGGUCGACCCUGACCUCGGGUACUCGUUCAUGGGCAAGAAAGACUGUUCUGCUCCGUGUCCCUCAAUGUUCUUCAACCAGCAGGAGCUCACUUUUACCCGAUACUUCAUAGGAGUCGUCUCCAUUGUCUGCCUGUCCGCCACGCUCUUCACCUUCCUGACUUUUCUCAUUGACGUCACCAGGUUUCGAUACCCUGAGCGACCGAUAAUCUUCUACGCCGUGUGCUACGUCAUGGUGUCGCUGAUAUUUUUUCUGGGCUUCCUGUUGGAGGACAGGGUGGCGUGUAACGGUGUCAGCCCUUCUCAGUUCAGAGCCGCAACUGUAACACAAGGUUCACACAACAAGGUUUGCACCCUGUUCUUCAUGGUCCUGUAUUUCUUCACCAUGGCCGGCAGUCUGUGGUGGGUCAUACUGACUAUCACUUGGUUUCUGGCCGCCGUGCCUAAAUGGGGUAGUGAAGCCAUAGAGAAGAAAGCCCUCCUCUUCCACGCCGUGGCCUGGGGGCUCCCAGGGGCCCUGACUGUCACCCUGUUGGCCCUGAACAAAAUCGAAGGAGAUGGGAUCAGUGGAGUGUGUUUCAUAGGCUUGUAUGACAUCGACGCCCUGAGGUGGUUUGUUCUGGCACCGCUCUGCCUCAACGUGGCGGUGGGCGUCUCCCUCCUGUUGGUGGGCAUUGUGGCUCUGAAUCGUGUCCGCAUGGAGAUUCCCCUGGAGAAGGAAAACCAGACCAAACUAGUCAAGUUUAUGAUCCGGAUGGGCGUCUUCUCUGUGCUCUACCUCGCGCCCCUGUUGACUGUGAUCGGGUGCUACCUGUACGAACACACCUACCGGAACAUUUGGGAGACAACGUGGAUGCAGGAGAACUGCAAGCGCUACCACAUCCCCUGUCCAUACAAGGUGGAGCAGACCAGUCGCCCCGUCAUGGUGUUGUUCCUGAUAAAGUACCUGAUGAUGCUGGUGGUGGGCAUCCCCUCUGUGUUCUGGGUGGGCAGUAAGAAGACGUGUUUCGAGUGGGCCAGCUUUCUGCACGGACGCCAGCGCAAAGACAGCGGCGUGAACGAGUCUCGCCAGGUGCUCCAGGAGCAGCCGGACUUCACCCAGUCUCUGCUGCGUGAACCCAACACCCCCGUUAUAAGGAAGUCCAGAGGAACGUCCACUCAGGGCACCUCCACUCACGCCUCCUCCACUCACCUGGCAGUCCUGGAGGAUCUGGACGAACCCGUUAGAAGUCACCACGGUCACGCCGCCUCCACCAGAAGUAAAGCCAGCAGCGUUCACAGCAAGACCAGCUACCACGGCAGCCUGCGCCGCACUCGUGACGACAGAAGCGACACCCUGGCGUACAGAGGCACCGAGCAGCGCAGUUUCCACAGCAGCAUGCCACGUCUCGACCACCCGCUCUCCACGCACAGCAGUCUGCACCAGAUAGACAGCAACUCGAGGCACGGCAGCCAGCGAGACAUGUCGGAGGCUCCACCUCCCGUCAUCACGCACGGAACCACGGCGAGUAACAGUCGAGUGGACGAGAACGACAGCACCAGUGCGUGAGAGAAGCCACAAAACUUUAAAAAUGAAUAAUUGUCCGUAUGCUGCCGUGAUGCUUUUGCCCUCGGAGCAAAUGCACUGAAGUGUGUCAGAGUUUUCCCUUCGUGAGAAGUGCCUGCUUGUCAUUUGCAAACAGACAAACAUGUUGUUUACACAGCAGUUGACACAAAGCGGCGGAGCCGAACUUGACCUGGCGUUUGUUGCGGGUGGACUCGCAUCCUGGAUUUGGAGGAUUGGACACCAGUUUUCAGAGCCUAACCCAACACCAUCUUACAAACAAAUGUAUUUUUCUUUGCAUCAUCUUGCAGAACUUCCUGUUAAAUAUGUGAACAUUGCAGUGCAUUGCUUUUAUAACUUAAAUCUUAAACGUUCUUUCUUCUCAUCUGAGACUUGUUUCGGUCGGUUCCACUUGUUCCAAAAUGUCUGUUUCUCUUAGACUGCGGCUCUUGAUGAAUAAUCUUAAUCUUUGUGUGGGUUAACACAAACGAGGGCUGCAAUGAAUUGAUUGUUAUCAGUUUCGGUUUAUGUGUCAAGAAUCUUACUUAAUGACAAAAAGUGUUGAUUGGAACAUUAUUCACAGUGAAGAAACUGAAAAAACACUCAGACAAAGAUUAACUGAUAAUUAAAUUAAUUUAGUAGUCAGUUACUAAUGAAUUAAUUGUUGCAGCCCUAUCAGAGACUCACGAUUAUUAGCCUCAUGCAACAUUGUGGACCUCUCUUGAGCGGUUUUGCCAGAUAUUUUUAUACUGUGAAAAUCAACUGCUGUUUCGCAGUCAGUGUGUAUGUGUAUGUGCAGGUGUGUGUGUGUGUGUGUGUGCGCAUGUAAGAAACAAGAAGCAAGUGGUUUUGUAUGAUCUAAACUUUUAUUGUGACUUUUUCCGUGACGUAACAGGGUUGUUUUAUAUAGAACAUGGACGUUUUUAUGCGUAACAACAAACUGGACAAAGUACGCUGUGCACUCACUGUCAGUGUCUGAACGUUUGCCUCAAAUUGCUUCACAAUCUUUUCAAGGUACAACAACAAACAGUCUCACAGCUGUAUAAACCAUAGUGUCAUUUUUUUGAAAAAGCUUUUAUUCUGAAAUCUGUUGUCAUUUAUGUUAUUAUUUUACAUUUAUUGUGGACAUUUUACAGGAAGUGUGUAGUGUUACUGUCUCUCUACUGUGGUUGUGUUUUGUUCUACAAUCCCUCAAGUUCCAGUUUACCUACCUCACGUCUACCCUUCUCUGGACCCACUCACGCACGUUUCUCCAUAGUUGUGAGGACUCUUUUUGACCCUUUCAGGCUUUUCUUAGCUCGACACCACACUCAGGCUACAAUGGCGUCAUUUUAGUGACAUUUCUGACUUCUGUAUUCUAUCCUGUUUUAACCCUAACAUCACACCAACACGUGUAACCAUUUCUCAAUCCUUUACUUAACUUUAAUAUAAACUCUUAAAACAGAGCGUCAACCCUCAGAGAACUCUUUUUAAAGUGAUCAGGAGCAGCCAAAAUAUUCCUUGCUCGCUACAGUAACAGCUUUAAACCAAAGUUUGUUCUCAACAGAAAGAGGUGCACACACACACACACACACACCAGAUUCAUAAAUCUGAACUACUGCCAUUUAUGGAUAUUAUUAUUUAUCAUGGGUUCUGUCUAUUUCUUCAUCAACAUUCAUACACAUUUCUGUCUUUCUAGAAUUGUGAAGACAUAAAUUAAAAGACAUGUACGCCCGGGGAUUAAUUCAGUAUUUCUGAUUCUGGUCAUUUGUCCCUUACUCUAAACUUAACCACCACUCAACCACUAGCCCUUACCCUAACCCUCGAACUGUAAACAUGAGUUAGUGAAGACCAACUGCCUCCUGUGAAUCUGUCGUACAAAGAUGUGCUGUCCUCCUCCUGCUCCUCCUGCACCUGUGACCACACUCGUCUUUUUUCUGGACCUUAACAAAGUGUCUGUGCUGUCAUUGACUUCUUCAGACGUUAACUCUUGAGCUUUUUCGUCUUUACAAUGAGAGAGUGAUACUAAAUCCUAUUUUUUUUGUUUACUUACAUGUCUUACAUGUCAUUCAACCAGACAUGACUUGACUUGUUAAUUCUGAUGAUGUUGUCAUGAUGUGCAGUACCUUUUCUGAAUUCUGAAACUGGAGUUGUACUUUGGCUUUUAAUUUAUUUGCAUUUUGGGACUGUAAUGACCCGUGUCUCAUGCAGUCUAAUAAACAUUUUAUAGACUUUCA